AUGCAUAGGAGAUCCGACAGCAGUCCGCUCUGUAAACGAUGUCGGAGGAUUAACCUGAACGCUCUCUUCCGCAGAAGUCACCUCACAAAGGUCGGGGAAGAAGUUCAAGGAUGGGAAGGCCCCGUUGAUCAGGCCAACCUUGACAGUUGCCCGUUAUGUCAGCUGGUUAUGAAAACCUUCCGACGGUCCAAGGAAGAGAUGAUCGAAAACGAGAAGCAACUUCGAUCAUUCUCCAGCAGGCGGAUUAUGGACCAAGGGUGGGCAUCGAUCGAUACGACCCUCUUAUCACUGGACCAAUACCAUCACUACGGCAUUCCAUACAUUGUUUCCCAGUCUAAACACAUGGAAAUUGUUCGUCUCUUGGGGCCACGCACCAAUUUCGAUCUCGUCAAGUCUUGGCUGCGCUACUGCAGGACUCGGCAUGGCAAGACUUGCGCUACAGUUCGCGGCAAUGACGAACUGGGUAUGAUCUCUUCACUCAAGUUCAUCGAUUGCGACACAAAUACGAUUAUUCCUGCCAAUGGAAUGCCAUAUAUCGCUCUUAGCUAUCUCUGGGGAGGUGGACUCAACAGCGCCGUCUCAUCUGUCAACUCUUUACCAGACGACGUUCCGAAAACCAUCAAAGAUGCCAUGACGGCGACGCGAGCUAUGGGUUUCAGGUACCUAUGGGUAGAUCGAUAUUGUAUCAAUCAGUCUUGCCAAGAAGAGGUCGCAGAACAAGUUCACAAGAUGGAUCUUAUCUACAACCAUGCAGAGCUAACAAUCAUCGCUGCCGGCGGAACGAACGCCGAGUAUGGCCUCCCUGGUGUGUCGCCAAGGCAGGUGAUCCAACCAUCCGCGAAGAUCGGAAAGCAUCACCUUGUCUCAUCAAUGACAGACCCUCGUAUGCUCAUCGGGUGGUCUGCGUGGAAUAAGAGAGGUUGGACCUACCAAGAAGGGCUGCUCUCUCGGAGACGAUUGGUUUUCACCGAUCACCAAGUCUACUUUGAGUGCUGCGGCAUGUAUUGCUUCGAAGUACUAAAGCUUCAGAUGUCUGCGUUGCAUCUAAAGGACUCGACCCGCUUCAAAGCCUCGUUCUGCGAUGGUGUGAACCUUGGAAUAUUCCCCCGGGAUCUCGGGCGCACUGAGUGGGAGGUUGUUGAACGGAUCACCGAGUACAGCGCAAAGUCACUCACUAACCCCUCGGACGUCUUAGAUGGGAUGUCUGGCGUAUUACGCGUGUUGAAACAGGGUCCGCACAAGAUUCGACACUGCAAGGGAGUGCCAAUUCUCCCCAGGCCACCCAAACCGUCAGGUCUUGGGCCGAAGGAGGCUGAAGAGAUCUACCACGCUUACGAGUGGUCUCCGACUGUGGGCUUUUGCGCUGGACUCUGCUGGGAUGUCAAGAACCCUGUAAAGCGGCGACACGGCUUUCCAAGCUGGUCAUGGGCAGGCUGGGAGGGGAGGGUAAAAUGGGCAUUCGAUGAGCACGAAUGGAGGCAACUCCGAAGCACCUCUGACAUCCAAUUCAAAGUUCAACUCGAAUGUGGCGAGGAGUGUGACUUGGAUGAGUAUUUUCACAAGUGCGGCAAUCACCAUAUGCCCAUUUCAGACAGGCUCCUCUGCUCUGGUUUAGUUGCACCAAUUCAACUUGCCAGUGGUCCGUCAUAUGACAAGAUCGAGGCCGUAGCCUGGACAGUGGAUAGCAAACCAGUGAAGUGGAGGUUCAAUGUCACUGAACAGGAUCUAGAUGUACGGGCCAUGGGUGCCUGCUUGGCCAUCGAGCUGGCUCGACAAAUUUCUUUUCCAAAUCGGCAUUUCACGAUUGUUGCUGAAAUAGAAUGCGGAGUCUAUCAACGAGUUGGCUUCACUGGCGGGAUAGAGUUUUGGGCACCAAAGAUAGGGGAUCUUGCCAAGAUCCAGAUGGAUUUUAGUCUUAUGUGA